GAAUGCCAAGUUACAACCUGGAGACCAAGCAUUUUGUUGAAAAAGGAUACUCUUGUUAUCCGGGAGGUCACAGAAGAUGACAUUGGAAAUUACACUUGUGAAUUAAAGUAUGGACUCUUUUCUGUCAGAAGAACCACAGAAUUAACUGUUACAGCCCCACUUACAGAAAAACCACCAAAACUUUUGUAUCCUUUGGAGAGUAAACUGACAAUUCAAGAGACACAGUUGGGCCAUUCUGCUAACCUAACUUGCCGAGCAUUCUUUGGAUACAGUGGAGAAGCCAGUCCUUUAAUGUAUUGGAUGAAAGGCGAAAAGUUUAUUGAGGAUUUGGAUGAAAGUCGGGUUUGGGAGAGUGAUAUUAGAGUCCUUAAAGAACAUCUUGGAGAACAAGAAGUUUCCAUUUCAUUAAUUCUUGAUUCAGUGGAAGAAGGAGAUCUUGGAAAUUACUCCUGCUAUGUUGAAAAUGGAUAUGGCCGCAGAUAUGCUACAGUUAUUCUACUUAAGAGGGAGCUGAUGUAUACAGUUGAACUUGCUGGAGGGCUUGGUGCUAUUCUGCUACUACUUGUUUGUUUAGUGACUAUUUACAAGUGCUACAAGAUAGAAAUUAUGUUAUUCUACAGAAACCAUUUUGGUGCAGAAGAACUAGAUGGAGAUAACAAAGAUUAUGAUGCCUAUUUGUCAUAUACCAAAGUGGAUCCUGACCAAUGGAAUCAGGAAACUGGGGAAGAAGAACGAUUUGCUCUUGAGAUCUUACCAGAUAUGCUUGAAAAGCAUUAUGGGUACAAACUAUUCAUUCCUGACAGAGAUUUAAUUCCAACUGGAACCUACAUAGAAGAUGUGGCAAGAUGUGUAGACCAAAGCAAGCGACUGAUAAUUGUCAUGACUCCAAAUUAUGUGGUCAGAAGAGGCUGGAGCAUCUUUGAAUUGGAAACCAGACUUAGGAACAUGCUUAUUACAGGAGAAAUUAAAGUGAUCCUCAUUGAAUGCAGUGAACUGCGAGGAAUUAUGAACUACCAGGAAGUUGAGGCACUGAAACAUACCAUCAAGCUUCUAACUGUUAUUAAAUGGCAUGGACCAAAAUGCAACAAGUUGAAUUCCAAAUUCUGGAAACGUUUACAGUAUGAAAUGCCUUUUAAGAGGAUAGAACCUAUUACCCAUGAGCAAGUUUUAGAUGUUAGUGAGCAGGGGCCCUUUGGGGAAUUGCAAACGGUCUCAGCAAUUUCAAUGGCUGCUGCUACCUCCACUGCUCUUGCCACUGCCCACCCUGAUUUGCGUUCCACUUUUCAUAACACAUAUCAUUCACAGAUGCGUCAGAAACACUAUUAUCGAAGCUAUGAAUAUGAUGUACCUCCUACUGGCACCCUGCCUCUUACCUCAAUAGGUAACCAGCAUACUUAUUGCAAUAUCCCAAUGACACUUAUUAAUGGACAGAGACCACAGACAAAAACUAACCGAGAGCAGAAUCCUGAUGAGGCUCAUACAAACAGUGCAAUCCUGCCCCUCUUACCACGGGAAACUAGUAUCUCCAGUGUCAUUUGGUGA